AUGAACAUAGUACAAACUUUUAUUGUGUUCGGGCUGGAUAACAAGGAGGAGGGACCUGUUCAGCCUCCAUCUAAAGGGUCAGGCCCAAGUACUGGGCCUAUUUUUAUCUCAAUGGGCCGGCACCAGCUCACAACCACUUUACAAUACCGAAUCAAAUUUGGUGGACGAACAAUUGAAACAACAGUGACUAACAAAGCUGCAAUUGCCAAUGAAUGGGCAACUGAAAUGCUCUCCAAAUAUGCUGGAAAAGACACAGUUGUUGGCUUAGACAACGAAUGGAGACCUACUUUUAUUCCAUAUACAAGCAAUAAAUCAGCCACACUCCAACUUUGCAUUGAUGACAAGUGUCUAAUAGUGCAGUUGUUUUAUUUGGACGAAAUCCCACAAACCCUUAAAACAUUCUUGGCUAAUCCUAACUUUAUAUUUGUGGGAGUUGAGGUUGCUGAAGAUAUACUUAAACUAAAGAAUGAGUAUGGGUUGGUUUGUAAUAGAAGGGCUGAUAUACGUGAUGUUGCUAAGAGUAAGUGGCCAGGCAGGUAUUCUCGCCCAGGGUUGAAAGAUCUUGCUCGUGAAAUAUGUGGUCUUUAUAUGCCUAAGCCAAAACAUGUUUGUCAGAGUAAUUGGGAGGCAAGGGUUCUUAGUGAAAGCCAAGUUGAAUAUGCAUGCAUUGAUGCGUAUGCUUCUUACAAGAUUGGUCACAAGCUUCUUAUGGAAAUAUGA